GUCGAUCGUGGCCGCAAUCGGGCACUGUCCCCGCACGCGAAGUCCUCGUGCUCCUCCUCCGCUGUGGAGAACCCCGGGCCCUUGCAGCCAGAGCUUGCUUGAGCAGCACCUUCGUGGUAAGCAAGAAACGUCAUGUCCUCCACGUUCCGCAUAGUGCUUGACUUUUGGUUCCUGCAGGCACAGACCGGAGGGAGCGUGGUGCUCGCAAUGGCGGGACAUACAUUAAGCUGACGAUACCGCAGGUCAGCAGGUAGGUUUGCCGUGCUUUCACUUCCCUUGCGUUCGACUCCCAUUCGAAGCUCUCUGUCGUGGAGUGUCGGUGCAGUCAUGCUCACAUUCGUCUCAAGUCUGCUUCUCGCAGCAACGGCCCUGGUUUCGGCGCAGACUGGUGGCUCGGACAACUUCACAAGCGCCUCCUUCAAGCCCUUCACUGGUAACCCAUUCCAGAAGUAUACCUUGACUGCGAACGGCAUCAGUGCUUCAUUCAUUCCGUACGGCGCCAGAAUUACGAACCUUCUUGUCAAGGACAAGAAUGGCACAUACCAAGAUGUUGUGCUGGGUUACGACAACACCACGCAGUAUCUGACUGACACUGAGACCAACCACACCUACUUCGGCCCAGUCGUUGGCCGAUAUGCGAAUAGGAUCAAGAACGGCACUUUUACCAUUAACGGCCAAACCUCACACAUCCCGGAGAACGAAAACGGCGGCAGGGACACGUUACAUGGUGGUUUCGUCGGCUACGACCAACAGAACUGGACCGUGGCUUCCGUCACCGGCAACAGCAUUACUUUUGUGUUCUACGACCAAGCGCAGUCUGGCUUUCCGGGCGACCUGCUGAACGUGGCUACGUACACACUUACUGAUGACGCAGCAUGGAUCAGCCGGUUGACCUCGAUCCCCCUGAACGAUGCCACGCCCAUCAUGCUUGCCAACCACGUCUACUGGAACCUGGGCGCCUUCGUUGACCAGCGCUCGAAAUACGUGCUGAAUGACACUCUGUACAUGCCAUACGCAGACCGUCUGAUUGAUAUCGACGGCAUCGAGGUCCCCACUGGUGGUAUCAAUAUCACUAACGGCACAGCUUACGACUUUACCGCGCCCGGCAAGACUAUAGGUCAGGAUCUCUACACCCUCGUGAACUCGUGCGGCACCGGGUGUGUUGGCUACGACAAUGCCUUCAUCCUUGAUCGUCCAAGAUUCCAGCCCAACGACCCGGAGCUUGAGAUCCUACAGAUGUGGUCUCCGAGCACGGGUAUCAAGAUGAGCUUGGAGAGCAACCAGCAGGGUUUGCAGAUCUACACUUGUAGCGGCCAGAACGGAACGAUACCGGUCAAGGCAUCUCAGCAGCACCUCGCAAACACGACGCACGUAGAGAAGUACGGUUGCAUCGUUAUUGAAGCCCAAGAUUGGAUCGAUGCUAUCAACCAACCGCAGUGGGGUCGUCAGGAAUACCAGGUAUAUUCCCCCACCUCACUGCCAUAUGUGAACUACCAAAAGUACACCUUCAGCGUGUACAACUGAAGAUAGCGCGCACAGGCCUCGGUCGUACCGUAUCGUAUAUAGCUCGCUUGUGCACGAAUGAACGUCGUUCACGAUGUACUCCUUCCUCGUCCGUCUAUGCCGCCGUAAUCAACAGCUUCUCUGUCCCCACUCACUGGAACGAAGCCUACGCCACCGGGCCACCUGUAGCAGCCGCGCGUUGUCUUCCUCCCGUAGCUCCUGCUCACUCCUCUAUUCUUCCACGUCGAACAGACGGUACCAGGCGAAAGCUCGUCGGGUAUGCUUGUAGCGGCAAUUAAAUCCCUGUGCUCGCAACAGCUGACACAGAGGAGCCAACCGCAUCCGCCUCCGCCUCCAGAAGAGCAGGAAAUGUAAGUGAAACAACCUACAAUCCAACACACACUCACUGACGUCGUUUACUUAUCGGAACCACGAAGCAGAGAUCGUUGAUCCGUAAGCAUUGCUGCUCUG